GCAAGGAGCAGCCUGGGGACACAGCUGCUUCAGUAAGUAUCUGAAGAAGGGGCAGACGUCCAUGGUCUUGAGGCCGGGUGAACCCCAGGGAAACAGGAGAGCAUCUCGGAGGAGGGCAUGUGGGAAGGCAAACAGCAUGGCUGAGUGAGCCGCCUGGGCCAGCACCCACCCCAGCAUGGUCCAGGCCUGUGGGGGGCACUCCAGACAACAGUUGACGGCCUUAUCUUGGGGGGUAGCCAUGAGCCAGCCUCCACCCGCCAAAGCACCACCCAAGAAGCAUGUGCGGCUGCAGGAGAGGCGGGGCUCCAAUGUGGCUCUGAUGCUGGACGUGAAGUCCCUGGGCACCGUGGAACCCAUCUGCUCAGUGAACACACCCCGUGAGGUCACCCUACACUUUCUGCGCACAGCUGGACGUCCCCUUACCUGCUGGGCCCUGCGGCACCAGCCCCCCAGCCCCAAGCAGCUGGAAGAGGAAUUCUUGAAGAUUCCCUCAAACUUUGUCAGCCCAGAAGACUUGGAUAUUCCUGGCCACGCCUCCAAAGACCGGUACAAGACCAUUUUGCCAAAUCCCCAGAGCCGUGUAUGUCUUGGCCGGGCACAGAGCCAGGAGGAUGGUGACUACAUCAAUGCCAACUACAUCCGAGGCUACGAUGGGCAGGAGAAGGUCUACAUCGCGACCCAGGGCCCCAUGCCCAACACCAUGGCGGACUUCUGGGAGAUGGUGUGGCAGGAAGACGUGUGCCUCAUCAUCAUGCUGACACGGCUCCGUGAGGGCAAAGAGAAAUGUGUCCACUACUGGCCCACGGAAGAGGAAACUUAUGGGCCCUUCCGGAUCCGCAUCCAGGACAUGAAGGAGCGCCCAGAAUACACUGUGCGGCAGCUCACCAUCCAGCACCAAGAAGAAUGCCGCUCAGUAAAGCACAUCCUCUUCUCAGCCUGGCCUGACCACCAGACUCCGGAAUCAGCUGGGCCCCUGCUGCGACUGGUGGCUGAGGUGGAUGAGAGCCCAGAGACAGCCACCAACACUGGGCCUAUCGUGGUCCACUGCAGUGCAGGGAUUGGCCGGACUGGAUGCUUCAUCGCCAUCCGAAUUGGCUGCCAGCAGCUGAAGGCCCGAGGGGAAGUGGACAUCCUGGGCAUCGUGUGCCAGCUGCGGCUAGACAGAGGGGGUAUGAUCCAGACUGCGGAGCAAUACCAGUUCCUGCACCACACUUUGGCCCUGUACGCAGCCCAGCUGCCCCAGAAGCCCCGCCCCGACCACUGAGCCUUCUAUGAGCCCGGCUGCCAGCCUCCCUUCAGGCCCAGGGAAGUGGGUUUGGAGACUUGGGGAAGAGGUGCUUCAACUGGACAGCACUUAUGAGUCCAGGAAGCUGGUUCGACAAGGGAUAGGAGCCAGGCUCCUGAUUUUCCCCACUGCCGGCUCCUCUGCUUCCUCCAGCAGCCCCUGAUGGACAGUGGUGGGGGGGCAUGCCUGAACUUAAAGAUAGGAGCUGGCACUCGGGUGGCUGAGAGGGAGGCACAGGUGCACUCAUCUUUUCGUUGCAAGCUCUGGGUUCCUCACAAUGACAUGGACACAGGUGUUUUGCUACCACAGGGAAAGCAGUCAGAAAAGCUCCCAGAGGUCAUUGCAGCUCUGUCUUCUCCCCUUAGCUGGCAAGAUGGUGAUCCCAAGCUCAUCCUCCACCCAAACAUAGGUCAGAUACAAGAGCUAGGAAAAGUCUGGUUGAUCUGAUUCUCAACAGCUUAGCAACUGUGCCCCACACAUCUGUGAUUGCCAAAUGAAUCCCCCAAAAGAGAACUAGGACCCAGGUUGACCUUGUUUCCACAGCCAUGGCUAGGAGAAGACUACAGGGGUAACCAAGCCGGGCAGUAGAAAUCUCUAGAAUGGAGAAUAUGUGGGAAUCAUUUAGAGGCCAGGAGAGUUGCCCCUGCUUCCCUAAUCACCUGCCACUUACCCUAGCUACUCUCUUGGGGGUGACCAACAUGCUCUGCUUUGCUUCCAUGAUGUGAAAAGAUACCCCUAAUACCCAGGCAGUGCCAAGGAUAGAGGAGACAAAGACUUCGGUCUGUUUUGAGAACACACCCCCAUAUAACCCCCAAAACCUAACUCCCCUCAUUUAUCUUGGCAUCAACCCAAUUCCCAGGGGACCUCAGAUCUAUCUCAGGGCUGAACUACACCCAACAGGAAGCCACCCAAGCCCUCAGCCCUCCUUGGUCCCGGAGGGGAUGCCUCCAGGGGUGCAGGUAAGGCACCAGUCCCGCUGGCCCUCAGCCAGGCAUCUGCCUUGCUUUGGCUUGGAACCCAGGAGAACCCUGAUCCUUUGAGUGGCCUGCUCUCCCUUCCUGACACCUCUUCUGAAGGGUGCUUGGUGCUGUCGCUGAAGUUAAUUCUCUGCAUGCUUCUGCUUGGCCUUACUGAGGAACUUCCAUCCUAUGGCCCUGGGAUGGGCUCCCCUGCACCUCCACCUGCCUAAGCCUUUGACAAGCACUACUUGUGCUCCUGAGCUAGGUGGAGGUGCUCAAGUGCCUGACCCUGCCCCGUCACACCCAGUCUCAGUCUGGAGGGAAGCGAUCACAUUGUUACUGGAGGGCAUGCCUUCCCACACUGUCACCACACAACUAUCACUGUUGGAGAGCUCAGAGGGUACAAGC